GGCGGCCGUGCGCCCAUGCGCGCUCCUCCCCUCCUCCCCGCGCCACUGCAGGGCUCCGGGCGGCUCGGCUGCCUCCCCCACCCGCCGCCCUGGAGCGCGCGGGCGGGGUGUUCCCUGAACCGCCCGCGGCCGGAGGGGGAGGGGUGUGAAGUCAGUGCCCCCACCCAGGCCCCACCUCCUCGGGGGGCCGGCCCCUGGGAGCCCGCCUCCCCGAGGAGACUGCGGCGGACCCGGGCUUGGGGGGACCCCCCCUCCACCCCCAACCAUAAGCGAGGAGGAGCGCCGACACCCCCGUCUUGCCCCUUGCCCGCCUCCGCUCGCGUUGGGGGCUGGGGAGCACCGCACUUUUUUCCAGCGGCCCCGAGCGUUCCACCCCGGGGAGGAGCACCGGGGAGGAGGGCCGCGCUGCCCCGGGCCCCGCCUCCGGGAUCGGGCGUGGGCGGGGCCCGUCCCGUCCUCCUCCGGCCCGUAAAUAGGAAGGUCGUUGAUUAUUCACAAUUUCAGGAAUCUGAUGAUGCUGAUGAAGAUUACGGAAGAGAUUCGGGUCCUCCAGCUAAGAAAAUUCGAUCAUCUCCACGAGAAGCUAAAAAUAAAAGGCGAUCUGGGAAGAAUUCACAGGAAGAUAGUGAAGACUCAGAAGAAAAAGAUGCAAAGACUAAGAAGGAUGAUUCUCACUCAGCAGAGGACAGUGAGGAUGAAAAGGAAGAUCAUAAAAAUGUGCGCCAGCAACGGCAGGCAGCCUCUAAAGCAGCUUCUAAACAGAGAGAGAUGCUCCUGGAAGAUGUGGGCAGUGAAGAAGAACAGGAAGAAGAGGACGAGGCGCAGUUCCAGGAGAAAGAUUCCGGCAGCGAUGAAGAUUUUCUAAUGGAAGACGAUGAUGAUAGUGAUUAUGGCAGUUCAAAAAAGAAAAACAAAAAGGUGGUUAAGAAGUCCAAACCUGAGAGAAAAGAAAAGAAAAUGCCCAAACCCAGGCUAAAGGCUACAGUGACGCCAAGUCCUGUGAAAGGCAAAGGGAAAGGUCGCCCCACAGCUUCAAAGGUGUCAAAGGAAAAGACUCCUUCUCCCAAAGAAGAGGACGAGGAGCCGGAGAGCCCCCCGGAGAAGAAGGCCUCCGCCAGCCCUCCGCCCGAGAAGUCUGGGGACGAAGGGUCUGAAGAUGAAGCCCAGUCUGGGGAGGAUUAAAAGUGAUGAUGGUUUGGGAGAGAUUUUAUUUAAAAAAAGAAAAGGAAAAAAAAAAAAAGGAAAAAAGGGGCAAAAAAAAGAAAACUACAUAAGAUAGAACGUGGUUUUGGCUAGGGCUUUGACUCGUGGGCUUUCAGUGCUUUUUUUUCUUUUGUUGAAAAUAACUUUUUUUAAAACUUUUUUUUUUUUUUAAGAAAAUCUUUGUAUGUUUAAUUUACCUUUUUGUCUAUUGGUCUUUGCUACUACCCUCCUCUCCCUCCCUUUUUCAAUGAAAGCCAUGUCAAGUUAAUCACUGGAUUGACUGCUUCAUCUUUUUAUUUUUAAAGGAUGGUAUACCACAGUUGUAAAGCAAUAAGAUUUGAGAUGAACACUAUGGAAAUGUUGCUUUUUGCUAAACAGUAGCAGGUUGAGCAGUAAUCAAAAAACAUAGAAGGAUUUUAGUUAAAAAUGAUUGCUUCUUUCUCUACUUGGACUUUAAAAAAAUUGUCAUCUAAUACAGGUUUAUUUUUUACCUUGCGAGGCAAGGCAGGGAGUGGGUAACCUGACCUUGUUUGAGAGAGUGGUUUUUUGUUUUUUUUUUUAAUUUCAUCACUUGUUAUCUCAGAGAUUCAGAGCCAGUGAUCCUUUUAUUCUACUACGUCUUUAAGGAAUUAAAAAAAGGAAAAAAAACAAGGAGCGCCAAAACUUAAAUCACACUUAAUUUCCUAGUUUACUCUCUGAUGGUUCAUGUUUUAAAAUAUAUAUGUAUCCUGUUUCUUGGAUAAAUUUUUACCAAGGGUAAAAAAAACAAAACAAAACAAAAAAAAACCCUAGAAUUUAAAUGGCAAGAUCUAUAUAUCAUAGUGGAUUUCUUCUCAAACUGACAAUGUUUAGGUUAUAAGCAAAUAAACUACCGGUUAAUGUGAAA